GGGUGGGACAUGAGGUUAGUGAGAACCAUGGCCAGGCACAGACACCACCAGAAUACUCAGCAGCCCCUUCAUCGAGGAAGGAACAGCACAAAGAAACCUGUAGUUAUGGAGGAAGACAAGAGAGUUACGGAGACCACACCUCUCAACAACAGCGAUGACUACCACAUUGGUACGAGGACCAAGACGGUCCCCUUCUACAGGAACCCUGCUACAUGCCUGGUCACGCUAGGCCUUCUCGCAGGGGCGGUUAUGUUUGUGUCCGCGGUGGCCUUGUUUUGGAGACGCAACACCGCACCAGACCAGCCUAUCUGCCAUGACCCCUGCAAACUUACCCUCGUAGAAAGCAUCCCUCUGAACCUGACAUACGCGGAAGGCUCGCCCGCCCACCCGUCCAUCUUCGGUGCCUGGAUGCAGCUCGUACAGAAGGCACAACAUUCCAUAGACAUCGCCUCCUUUUACUGGACCCUGCAGGAGAACGAUCUGCCUCAUGAUGAGUCAGCAAGUGAGGGCCAGGAAUUUUACAACGAGCUCCUGCGAGUAGGUAAAGGUGGGAAAGUGAAGAUCAGGAUCGCCCAGGACAUCCAGGAAGGAAAGGUUCAGAACGACACGGCCUUCCUCGCUAGGGUGGGGGCAGCGGAGGUCAGGUCACUGAACUUCAGCAGGUUCUACCCCUGGGGUGGGGUGCUGCACACCAAGAUGAUCGCUGUGGACGGGAGGCACUUCUACGUGGGGAGCGCAAACUUGGACUGGAGGUCCUUAACUCAGGUUAAAGAGUUAGGAGCAGUAGUUGAAGACUGCCCCUGUCUGGCGCAGGACGUGGGGAAGCUGUUCUCCGUGUACUGGGACCUGGGCGAGCCCGGCGCCGACCUGCCGCCCGCCUGGCCGCCUGCGUACCAGACUUACUACAACCUGCAGACACCCGUGCAGGUGGCCUUCAACGGGACGGGCACCAACACAUUCUUAUCUAGUUCUCCCCCAGAGUUUUGUCCCAAGGGGAGGACGUCAGACAUCGAUGCUAUCGUCAGCGUGAUCCGUUCAGCGCAGAAGUUUGUGUACGUAGCAGUGAUGGACUACGCUCCAACCACUCUGUACCGUAGGGACCACAACAUCUACUGGCCUGUUAUUGACGAUGAGCUGAGGAGAGCGGCGUUUGACCGUGGCGUGGAGGUUCGUCUGAUGGCGUCCAAAUGGAACCACACCAGUCCGGAGAGCUACCGCUACCUGUGGUCGCUCCAGGACUUAAACUUCACCGGGAGGUACCUCCAUAUAAACGUGUCUGUGAAACUUUUCGAGGUUCCCGACUAUCCAGGUGUUGAACAGCAGUUCCCCUUCACUAGGGUCAACCACAACAAGUACAUGGUGACCGACCAAGUAGCAUACAUAGGCACGUCCAACUGGUCAGCGGAUUACUUCAUCAACACCGGCGGUGUGGGACUGGUCAUCAACCAGACGUCUGGUCAGUUUGGAAAGAGUAACGUACAAGAACAGCUGAGAGCGGUGUUCGAGAGAGACUGGGACUCCCCAUACGCACACACCCUGUAUGACUACUCCCAGCAGAGAUGAAGGAAAGCAUGACUUGUACUGCUUAUUUGGGCCAUC